GGGGGGGAGCCCAGCGGUUCAGGGUUUAGCGGGGUCACGGCUCCCGUUCAGAGAAGGACAAGGAGGCUCCUCAGGAUCUGUGUAGGGAGGAUCCGCUCUGGGGAGCGAGGCCGAGGCCAUGCUGUGCACGGCGCUGGUCAUGGCCGGCAGCCUGGCGCUCACCACGGCCGUGGUGGCCCACGCCUACUACCUGAAGCACCAGUUCUACCCCACCGUGGUGUACCUGACCAAGUCCAGCCCCAGCAUGGCCGUGCUGUACAUCCAGGCUUUCGUGCUGGUGUUCCUGCUGGGCAAGUUCAUGGGCAAGGUUUUCUUCGGGCAGCUGCGCGCGGCCGAGAUGGAGCACCUCCUGGAGCGCUCGUGGUACGCGGUGACCGAGACCUGCCUGGCCUUCACCGUCUUCAGGGACGACUUCAGCCCGCGCUUCGUCGCCCUCUUCACCCUCCUCCUCUUCCUCAAGUGCUUCCACUGGCUGGCCGAGGACCGUGUGGAUUUUAUGGAGAGGAGCCCCAACAUCUCGUGGCUCUUCCACUUCCGAAUCGUCUCCCUGAUGUUCCUGCUGGGAAUCCUGGACUUCCUCUUCGUCAGCCACGCCUACCACAGCAUCCUGACCCGCGGCGCCUCCGUCCAGCUGGUCUUCGGCUUCGAGUACGCCAUCCUGAUGACCAUGGUGCUGACCAUCUUCAUCAAGUACGUGCUGCACUCCGUCGACCUGCAGAACGAGAACCCCUGGGACAACAAGGCCGUGUUCAUGCUCUACACCGAGCUCUUCACCGGGCUGAUCAAGGUGCUGCUCUACAUGGCCUUCAUGACCAUCAUGAUCAAGGUGCACACCUUCCCGCUCUUCGCCAUCCGCCCCAUGUACCUGGCCAUGAGGCAGUUCAAGAAGGCCGUCACGGAUGCCAUCAUGUCCCGCCGGGCCAUCCGCAACAUGAACACGCUGUACCCCGACGCCACGGCCGAGGAGCUGCAGGCCAUGGACAACGUGUGCAUCAUCUGCCGGGAGGAGAUGGUGACGGGCGCCAAGCGCCUGCCCUGCAACCACAUCUUCCACACCAGCUGCCUGCGCUCGUGGUUCCAGCGGCAGCAGACGUGCCCCACGUGCCGCAUGGACGUGCUCCGCGCCUCGCUGCCCCCGCAGCCGCCCCCCGAGGCACCGGCGCCGGCGCCGGCCGCGGCGCAGGGACCCCCCAACUUCCCGCAGGGGCUGCUCCCUCCCUUCCCGCCGGGGAUGUUCCCGUUCUGGCCGCCCGUGGGGCCCUUCCCGCCCGGCCCCGCCGCUGCUGCCCCGGCCCCGCCCGGCCCCGAGGCCGCCGGAGCCGCU